AAAAAACAAUUGGCAAGGAAAAUAGCAAUUUUGCUUAAUUAAAAAAACGAUUUGCAAGUAAAACAAUUUUCUUUCAUAAAAAAAAUAUUUACUUUAAUUAAAAAAAGAUUUGCUGGUAAACAUAAACAUUCAAUUAAAUAAAAAUCGCAACUUUAUUAAAAAACAAUUGGCAAGUGUAAAAACAUUUGUCUUCAAGUUAAAACAUUUGGCAGUAAAAUAAAACAAACUUGCACUUAGAGCACCUGUAGUUCUCACUCUACGACGACAGGCGGAGCUGCUGAGUCCAUUUGAGGCCGCCAGAGCUCGAUUUAGAAUCAAGAUGAAGAAGAAUCCAUUUUUUGGCUGACCCCUACAGGACACAUUUAUAAUGACAUCCAUCUAUACUCAAAAUAAAAUAAUUAUAAACACUAAACAUUUCCUCAAAUGUCAUUUGGUAAUAAUAAUUGUAAUAAUUAUUUAUUUAGCCACUCGAAACUCAUAAGUUAGGCUUUUUUUUUUAAUUAUAAAGAGAAAAAAACGCCUCUUAUGAAAGCUGUUUGGUAAGGAGUUUGACCACGUGACCGCCUCAGCCUCUGAGCAAGGCACCGACAAGAAGAAUAAGUAGAAGCUGCUGCCUUUGACGGAGAUGAAAAAGGUUGUUUUUGGACUCUGACACAAGAAAAGAAAAAUCAUGUCUGCUUCGCGGACUAUUAUUUGUUUACUAAGGAACGACUUAAGACUGCACGACAACGAGCUGUUCCACUUUGCUGAGAAACACGCCGACCACAUGGUGCCGCUGUACUGCUUUGACCCCAGACAUUAUGUGGGAACGCACAACUUCAAGCUGCCAAAGACCGGACCUUUCCGCCUGCGCUUCUUGUUGGAAAGUAUCCAAGACCUGAGGAAGACCUUGGUCAACAAGGGAAGCAACCUGGUGGUGAGACGGGGCAAGCCAGAGGAAGUGGUGUCUGAGCUCAUCCAGCAGCUGGGCUCGGUCAGCGCUGUGGUUUUCCAGCAGGAGGUGACGUCCGAGGAGCUGGCGGUGGAGAAAGGCGUGAAGGAGGCGUGCGCCGGCAUGAAGGUGAAAGUGCACACCUGCUGGGGGUCCACGCUCUACCACCUGGACGACCUUCCCUUCCAGCACAUCACCAGGCUGCCUGACGUCUACACUCAGUUCCGAAAGGAAGUGGAAUCCAGAAGUCAGGUCAGGCCCGAGUUCCCGACCCCGGACCGCCUUAAGCCCCUCCCCCAGGGCCUGCAGGAGGGAGUCAUUCCCAGCAUGGCGGACCUGCAGCAGACAGAGCCUGCCAAGGAGCCUCGCUCCGCCUUCCCGUGCGCAGGCGGGGAAAGUCAGGCUGCGCUCAGACUCCAACAUUAUUUCUGGGACACGGAUGCGGUGGCGUCGUACAAGGAGACACGGAACGGACUGAUCGGCGUGGAUUAUUCCACGAAAUUUGCACCCUGGCUGGCCAUGGGCUGCCUGUCUGCCAGGUACAUCUACCAGCAGGUGCGCAGGUAUGAGAGGGAGCGCACGGCCAAUCAGAGCACGUACUGGGUCAUUUUUGAGCUCUUGUGGCGAGAUUACUUCAAGUUUGUGGCGCUCAAAUACGGAAAUCGUCUGUUUCAAGUCCAAGGACUUCAGGAUAAAUCCCUUCCCUGGAAACAGGACGUGGGUCUUUUCAGCGCAUGGAAAGAGGGACGCACCGGAGUCCCCUUUGUGGACGCCAACAUGAGGGAGCUGGCAGCCACGGGCUUCAUGUCCAACAGGGGGCGCCAGAACGUGGCGAGCUUCCUCACCAAGGACCUGGGCUUGGACUGGAGGAUGGGAGCCGAGUUCUUUGAGUACCUUUUGGUGGACCAUGACGUGUGCAGUAACUAUGGCAACUGGCUGUACAGCGCGGGCGUAGGAAACGACCCCAGAGAGAACAGGAAGUUCAACAUGAUCAAACAAGGCCUGGACUACGACCCUAACGGGGACUACGUGCGGCUCUGGGUACCCGAGCUGCAGAAAAUCCCGGGGUCUGACGUCCACACGCCGUGGACCCUCAGCACGGCGGCGCUGGCCCACGCCGACGUGUCCCUCGGCCGGACGUACCCCUCCCCCGUCGUCGUGGCGCCCGAGUGGAGCCGACACGCCAACAAGAGAGCGGGCGGCGGCGCGGCGAGAGGCACGAAAGGUCCGUCGCACACGCCCAGACAGCGUCGGGACCGAGGCGUCGAUUUCUAUUUCUCCAGGAGCAAAAACCUGGAAAUCCAAUUUUUUUCCUUCCUGCCUGGCUCCUUUUUGUUUGUUUUCACUACAGCAGCGAUCGAUUCGCUCAACAAUCCUCCGUUUGCAACACUCGCAGCGUGGGCUCAUUAAAGGAGCGCCACGAGUUUCAUGAUCAAUCGAAUAACAGGACAGAGUUGGACGGACAUGAAGACGACAGAAAAGAUAUCUCUGCCAAAAAUGCAAACUUUGUGUAAAUAUCUUGACAAAUACGAGAUUAUUAUAUAUAGUAAAGAAGAGCAGGCAGCAGCUCACACAUUCUCAUACUUUCUGUAACAUCCAGGAAGAAAUGUCAGCCAUCUUGAAAAAUGUCUUGACUAUAAUCUACGUCAGGGGAGUCCAAACUUUUUCCACAAAGGGCCGCACACUGACGAGUCUAAGCAUGCGGGGCCCGUUUUGAUAUUUUAUUUUGUAAAAAAACUAUCUAAAACAGACAUAAAUUUACAGACGAAACAAUGUGUUUACUUUGUAUGAAUUAUUAGUAUUAAAUUAGCUACCAUAUUUGCUUAUUAUCGCCCACUCCCUCUCCAUGUGAGACAGGCCCCUUCUUUGGCUAUUUUUAAGACCCUUAAAACCCAUUUUAAUUCACUGGCUUUUAACCCAGCAUGAGACUUUAAACUGUUUUUAACGGUUUUUAACUUUUUAAAUGCUUUUUAUCUAACAAAUUGUUCUUAGGGUAUUUUGUAUUUGCUUUUUUAAUGUGUAUUUUACUUCUGUUUUAAAUGUUAUUUUUCAGUUUGUCCUUUGCCUCUAUUUCUUUGUGGUGUACAGCCCUUUUUUCUUCAACUGUGCUUGUUUUUAAAGGGCUUUAUAAAUAAAGUUGGUAUGGU